AUGUCGUGGAAAUUGACAAAGAAACUGAAGGAAACUCACCUUGCUCCUUUGACGAGUGGGUUCAGCCGCUCGACAUCUACGUCCACAAUCAAAGCAGAGGAACCCGCACCUGCGCCUUCAACCCCCCAGGAAGGACCCGAACUUUCGACAACUACUAGCAAUGUCAGCACGCACUCAACCACUGCGAACGGCAUCGCUGCGUCUGAGGCCCUCACCUCACCACCCGUCCAAACCACAAAGCCUGGAAUCUUGAUCGUCACCCUGCAUGAAGGGAAAGGGUUCUCUUUGCCACAACAAUAUCAGUCGGUGUUCAACAAUUAUUAUGGUUCUGGAGGCUCAGCGGGAUCCGUCAGACCAAGUUCGUCAUACGCAGCCGGGUCGUUGGCAGGGUCCUACGUACAACCAAGUAGGCCUGUGUCCACCCAUGCUGGAAUCAAUGCCGCUCCUACCAUUCACGGGAGAUACAACAGCAAGUACCUACCGUAUGCUUUGCUGGACUUCGACAAGCUACAGGUCUUCGUUGACGCAGUCUCCGGGACUCCGGAGAGUCCUUUGUGGGCUGGCGAUAAUACCUCAUUCAAGUUCGACGUCUCAAGGGUGUGUGAACUCAGUGUCCAACUUUAUCUGAGAAAUCCUGCUGCCAGACCUGGUGUUGGCAGAAGUGAAGAUAUAUUCCUGGGCGGAGCGAGAGUUACCCCCAGGUUUGAGGAGGCUCGUCAAUUUGUUGCCGACCCCAAGAAGAGCAAGAAGGAGAAUGAGAAAGCGGAAGCUGCAUUUGCAUCCCAAGAGAAGCAAGCAGGUCAGCUUGGGACUGAGUGGCUGGACAUCCAAUUUGGCACAGGCUCAAUCAAGGUUGGGGUGAACUAUGUCGAAAAUCGUCAAGGCAGUCUCAAAAUCGAUGACUUCGAGCUCUUGAAGGUGGUCGGACGCGGUAGCUUUGGCAAAGUCAUGCAGGUCAUGAAGAAAGAUACCGGACGGAUUUACGCCCUCAAGACGAUCCGGAAAGCCCACAUUAUCUCUCGAUCUGAAGUCGCUCACACUCUAGCCGAACGAUCAGUGCUGGCACAGAUCAACAAUCCCUUCAUCACACCCCUCAAGUUCUCGUUCCAGUCCCCCGAUAAGCUCUACUUUGUCCUGGCAUUUGUCAAUGGAGGCGAAUUGUUCCACCAUCUCCAGAAGGAACAACGCUUCGACAUCAACCGAUCCCGCUUCUACACCGCAGAGCUGCUGUGUGCUUUGGAAUGCCUGCACGGGUUCAAAGUCAUUUAUAGAGACUUGAAGCCCGAAAACAUCCUGCUGGACUACACCGGUCACAUCGCUUUGUGCGAUUUCGGGUUGUGCAAGUUGGACAUGAAGGAUGAGGAUCGCACCAAUACCUUCUGCGGCACGCCAGAAUACCUUGCCCCAGAACUUUUACUCGGACAUGGCUACACGAAGACGGUGGACUGGUGGACACUGGGUGUUUUGCUUUACGAAAUGCUCACGGGACUGCCGCCUUUCUAUGACGAGAACACCAAUGAGAUGUACCGCAAGAUUCUUCAGGAGCCGUUGCACUUCCCCGGUCCGGAGAUCGUCCCCGCCGCGGCCAAAGACCUUCUACAGAAGCUUCUCGACCGCAACCCUGAACGCCGGCUGGGAGCUGGCGGUGCGGCAGAAAUCAAAGCCCACCACUUCUUUGCAGGCAUUGACUGGAGAAAGUUGUUGCAGAGGAAGUAUGAGCCUAGCUUCAAACCAAACGUGGUUGACGCGAGAGACACCGCCAAUUUCGACAAGGAGUUUACGUCUGAGAUACCCAAGGACUCUUAUGUCGAGGGCCCGGCCCUGUCCCAAACCAUGCAGCAACAGUUUGCUGGCUGGUCUUACAAUCGGCCAGUUGCCGGACUAGGCGACGCUGGUGGUAGUGUCAGGGACCCGGCAUUCGAGCGGAUCCGAUAG